GGACACGUAUUCGCGCACUAAUCCCGUUUGGCAAUCUAUCUUCAAUCAUUGAAGCCUCAGACUCAACAAUUAUAGUUCUUUUUUUAUUGCGCAAAUAUAAUUUUUUAUAUUAAAAUAUAUUCAUAUAAAUGGAAAUUUAUUUAUAUUUUUACAAUUAAAAAAAAAAAUAUUUAAAAGAACGCCUGGGCUUUCUUCUCCCACAGAUUUUUCAAGUGCCGAUCGGCCCGAUACCACCACCUGCCGGCUCCUUUCUGCCUCUCUCUCUCUCUCUCUCUCUCCCUCUCUCUCUCCAUAUCGAAAAAUGUCGAACGCAGAAGUGUCUCUUGACGAUGCGAAUGGGGAUUCAUUUCAGAAGGUGAAGCAGGGUUUUAAGGAUCGAUCCAAGAAAGUGGCUCAAACGAAGGAGAUGUUGUCGAAACAGGCAGUUCAGACGAAGGAGAUCUUGUCCAAACAGGCCGUUAAGAUCGCCAAGCGGGCUGAAGAGCACGAGAGAUUCAUCAAUAAGGUGACUCAUCUGUUGGGGGUUCUCGGGUUCGGGGCAUUUUGCUUCCUCUUGGGAUGGAGACCACAAGAUGUCCCCUAUGUAUAUUGUUUGUUUUAUGUCACCUUUGUUCCUCUUCGGUGGAUAUACUAUCGGUUCAAAAAAUGGCAUUAUUAUCUUUUGGAUUUCUGUUAUUAUGCCAAUACAAUAUUCUUGGUCAUGCUUCUCCUAUAUCCAGGAAAUGAAAAGCUUUUUAUGGUUUGCUUCUCAUUUGCGGAGGGGCCAUUAGCGUGGGCAUUGAUUGUUUGGCGUUGUAGCUUGGUUUUUAGUUCUGUUGAUAAAAUUGUUAGUGUUCUUAUACAUCUUUUACCUGGGAUAGUUUUCUUCAUCAUUCGAUGGUGGGAUCCAGCAACUUUUGAAGCCAUGCAUCCUGCGGGAACUGCUCGCAGAGCUUCAUGGCCUUAUGUUGAAGGGAAGUCAUACCUAUGGACAUGGCUGUUUCUGGUUCCCUUAGUUGCUUACACCCUCUGGCAGGCUCUCUAUUUUCUCAUUGUCAAUGUCCUACGUCGACAGAGACUGUUGAGAGAUCCUGAAGUCAUGACUUCUUACAGGGAACUCUCGAAAAAAGCACAGAAAGCAAACAAUGUAUGGUGGCGUCUUAGUGGUUUGCUUGGAGAUCAAAACCGCUUGCUUAUGUAUACCUUGUUCCAAGCAUUGUUCACUGUUGCAACCAUGGCACUGACAGUCCCAAUUUUCUUGUCAUAUGAAAUGCAUGUGGUUUUCCAAAUAUUGAAGGUGUCUGCAACUAUAUGGAAUGGAGCAAGCUUUCUCCUGGAAGUAAUGCCUAGGCAGGUGAUUCUCAAGGAGAAGAAAAAGUUGGACACGCAGUCGCCACAAACUCUGGAAACCCCACCCUUACAUGUGGCAAAGAUCUCAACAGAGGCUGAGGAGUGGCACCAGUCAUGACAGUUCUGUAAGAAUAGUUUGCAGAACCUUGUUUUGUAACCUGCGAUUAAACCAAAUUGCACCAGCUGAUCUAGCUCAAUAGUUAUUGAUUGUGUGCUAGUUUUGCAAAUUAGUGAUAAUGAUUGAUCUGAUGUAUAGAUGACUCUUAGAACCUAGUUUCAACUCUGGAAUGGAGGGAUAUGUCAAAUAUUGUACCAUCA